AAAAAAAUAAGAAGAAAAAGGAAAGCGCUAACCACCAGCGGCAGACGAAGUGAGGGGAGCAUCGCCGGACGCCGGAGUCAGAGACGGCGCGGCGAUUCCGGCUCAACGAACCACCAGGGGAACAAGACGGGCGGUGGCGGCGCGGAGAUGGGGAGCCCACUCGGCGGGUGGCCGUCGUACAACCCGCACAACUUCAGCCAGCUCGUCCCGGCCGACCCCUCCGCUCAGCCCUCGAAUGUCACACCAGCCACUUACAUUGCAGCUCACAGGACAGAUCCACCUCCCAAUCAAGUGAUAACAACAGAGCCCAGGAACAUCCUGCUGAGGCACUUCUAUCAGAAAUCUGAGGAGAAGCUGAGGCCAAAGAGAGCAGCUCCAGACAAUCUCGCUCCGGAGAACAACAACAAACAGCCCAGGGGUCCCGUCGCCGAUGUUGGAAGCCAGUCAAACGCGAGAAGCUGAACCAUAGCUGGUGGUGUCCUCCUCUGCAUCCCUCAAUGUCAGGCGACCUGUAUUUGGCAUGCCAUCUGAAGCCUGCGUCCUCUUGAUAGCUGAGGCUCGGU